UCGUAUAUAAAUGAUCUCUGCGAAACGUCUCCCUUUUAUAACCUCAAAAAUGCGCGAGAUGCAUCAAACUCCAAUGGUGAAGUGAGCUUUUUCUAAUCAUUAAUUAGUGUUAAAGUGAACGGAUUACCACAAUGCCAUCGAAAAAGAGAAAAUACAACGCCCGGUUUCCCGCCGGGCGAAUAAAGAAGAUAAUGCAGACUGACGAGGAGGUCGGGAAAGUGGCCCAGGCCGUGCCAAUCAUAAUUUCUCGGACACUGGAGCUAUUUGUGGAGUCCCUCCUCAGCAAAGCCCUACAAGUGACGACCGCGAGGAACGCCAAAACCCUCAGCCCUUCACACGUCAAGCAGUGCAUCUUAGCUGAAUCUCGCUUCGACUUCCUUAAGGACUUGGUCGCAAACAUACCAGAUGUGUCGGCGGCAGAAGAGAAAGAAAUGAUGAGCGCCGAAGACUCCCCAAAUUCAUCUAGAUUUUCAGAUUCAGCUCCCCGCCGACUAGCCAGAGAAGACUCCAAUAGCUCCAGCAGCAGCGAAGUCCGACCUCGGACCCAAAGAGAGAUGCCUCGCAGCAUCUCCUUAGACCCCGAAAUACAUAGGCACAGGCACGAGCCCACCUCCACCAUAGUCUCAACAGACACAGUCAUGGAUUUAUCCAAAAAGUCAACAGAACCAAAGGUCCGUGCAAAUUUUUAUCAAGAAACGCUGCCUGAUGAGGUCCAGCAAACUAGUGUCAUAACCCCUAACCCGACUUACGCUCAACCAUCCACCUCAAACUUCGUCCCUAAAGACGUGCCAAAGCCAACGAAAUUCUACGUAGAUGUACCAAUUCAGAACAACAAUACGCCUGUGACGCCUAUAUUAAAUAUAGACUUUUCUAAAAGCUUAGCCGCCCCUGAGAUAAAAGUUUUAAGCCCUCUAGAAAAACCGAGAUUACAAAGGCAGAAUUCGAAACAGCAUAAGGAGGUUAAGAAAUUUAAGCCGCCCAUACCGCAUAUUGAUAUAGAUUUGACUGGAAAUCUACAGAUCGACGAAGACUAUGAUACCUGAAUAAGUUUGUAAGUUUUGUUUUUGUAUUUUGUAAGUGAUGUUUGUUAUGCGAUGAGGUUUUUUUUAACGAAACAUUUUAUUGUGGCGCUUUUGUAAAUAUAAAGUUACUGUAAGACUUACUGCUUUCAAAACAUAAUUAUUAUGGCGGCAGAAAUCACGGGCUUAUUUUGUUGUUCAAUACUUAAAUUAAAAAAUAUCCAAUAAUAAACCUAAAUGGCUUAAUAAUUAAUUUAAAAUAGAAGACUCCUGUGAGAUUCUGACAUAAUUAUUAUUGUCUUUAUGGCAUCUCAUCGCGCUGCUGAAGAAUGGCGCAUGAAGGUCCUCCAAACGGAUCGAAACAAUGUGAGUGACCGUUCAUAUAAUAUCAAUUUUAUUUAUAUGGUAUUAAAGAUUAUGAAUAUUUAUGUUGUCUGUCUAUAAAAAACCUCAUUGGCUAACAUGUAGAUAUAAUUAUGUUAUACUGUGUUGUUUACCAUUGUGUGUGGUAUGUUUUAGUCGCUACAUCGAUAUUAAACCGUUCUGAAAUUCUCAAUCUUGUCGCCUAAUCAAUAAGGUUGAAAAUUAAGGUUGAAAACAAAAAAAGCAAUAUUGUCACAGUCACCCGUUUUGAUUUGAUGUGUCGUAUAUUGAGUUAUAAACGAGUCAUGAUAGUUUUUUAAUUCGGCUGUUUUCUUUUUUCGAAAGCGCGAUUAAAGAAUUAACCAUUUAGAACAUAGCGCCAUCUAUCGUUACCAGAGUAUCUAGCUUUCCUAUUUCUACACUAGAUGUCACUAUGAGUCACAUUGAUGACGUCGCUACUCACGCGAAUUUGAAACAGGAAACAGUUGAUUUUAGUCCUUGACUCUCGCAGCUAAAUGAGAUGCAUAGACUAGGAGUCCUCUAGACCGAGUUUAGAGCAAUUAUUUCAUGCAACCGAUGAUGCCAAAAAUGCGGGGGUGCGCGGGACGAGGUGAGCGAAG